AUGUCCGCUUCCAAAGCUGCCCGUUUGGGCGAAGAAACCCGGAUAGACAAGGUUAAUGCCGAGCUGGUCACCCUGACGUACGGCACCAUCGUUGCACAGCUGUGCAAAGACUUUGAUGGGGACUACGUCGAGGUAAACAAGCAGCUCGACAAGAUGGGAUACAACAUCGGCCUUCGCUUAAUAGAGGAUUACCUUGCCAAGUCUAUCACCAUGAAGAGGUGUUCCAAUUUUCGCGAAACUGCCGAUAUGAUUUCCAAGGUUGGCUUCAAAAUAUUUCUCAACGUGACUCCCACCGUCACCAACUGGACCAGCGACGGCAAACAAUUCUCUCUUGUCUUCGAUGAAAACCCACUGGCAGACUUUGUCGAGCUGCCGGACGAUGGCCGUGCCCAGGACGAGCUGUGGUUUUCCAACAUUCUAUGUGGUGUCUUGCGAGGCGCACUUGAGAUGGUACAAGUGCAGGUAGAGGCACACUUUAUCAGCGAUGUGCUCCGGGGCAACGACACGACUGAGAUGAGGAUAUCGCUGAUCCGGUACAUCGAUGACGAACUUCCACAAGAAGAUGACUGA